AACUAAUACACAGACUGGCUCGGCAACGCAACAACCGUUGAGACUAACGCGAGAAUGAUCAGAUACCAUAAGGGUACUCGUACCAACAGAGCGAUUCGUCCAAUAUGGGGAUGGAGUGCAGGAUUGGCCGAGGGGUGGCGGGCUGGUACUUGCUCGGGCCCAGGGGUGGUAGGGGUAAAAUGAGAAAAGAGAAAACAAUGCGCGUGAGGAUACCCAAAAAAAAAUCUGCAGCGGCCAACUUGGGCUUCCGACUCAGCCGGCGACGAUCUGGGGUGUUGGAUCUGAUGCGCCGAGAGAGGCAACAAGAGGAUAAGAUUGGGGCGGAGUGGAAGAGGAGGAGGAGGAGGAGGAGGAGGAGUAGAAGAGAAAAGAGAAAACAAGGAAAGCCGAGAAUCGGCGGAAAACUUUUCUCACGCUUUCUCUCUUUUCUCGUGAGGGGAGCAAAGAUAAAAGGGCCCAUGGAGGAGCCAGAAUCCACCGGACAAGACACCAAGACCCCCUCGUGCCGGCAUCAACUGGGUAUGCGAGAGAAGAAGUGGCACUUACCCACGAAGCUCCGCUUGGGAGAGAAUAUAGCCGCAUUAAACGGUCCCUGAAGAUCGGAGGGACCAACUCGAGUAAUCAAAAGUGUAAAGGCGUCGCGAUAAUACGAGCGGGUGUUACUCGCACUCCGGGCAGUGGUAGCAGUACAAAGCAGUCAGAUGGAGAACCAAACCCCCGGGGCAACGCGUGAGCUUUGGCUGAUUCCUUUAUGUAUUCUGGAUUUUGGGGGGAUCUAGGGAAGAGUCAAAAGUUUCGUCUCCCCAAAAGAGGGUGCGUAUAGCAAGGGCAUGACCGGGCCCUUGGA